GCAACACAAAGCGGAACUCUUUAUUUACGCUUCUCAUUUCAGCCCGGACUCAUUUGUCACCGUGCAACGGUGUUCUGCGUCUGCGCGCCGGUGAGAAACAAGCUACUGACAAAACAAGAAAGACGUCGUUAGUUAAACUAUGGCGCUGCGUGCCUGUGGGUUCAUCGUGUUUCGACGUCUGGCAAACUGUGCUCCGCCACAAGACAACAUCGAGUACCUCCUCUUGCAGACCUCCUACGGGCGGCACCACUGGACCCCACCUAAAGGCCACGUGGACCCGGGUGAGGAUGACCUCACCACAGCUCUCAGAGAGACCAAGGAGGAGGCGGGGCUUGGCGCGGAGGACCUUCAGGUGGUCGAAGGCUUUCUGAAGGAGCUGCAUUAUCAGGUGAGAGGUGGCCCCAAGGAGGUUCUGUACUGGCUGGCCGAGCUGAAAAACCCAGGCACCGAGGUCACUUUGUCCAGCGAGCAUCAGAACUACCGCUGGGCCCCGCUGGAGGACGCCUGCGCUCUUGCUCAGCACAAAGAGAUGCAGGACACUCUGAGAGCUGCACACAGACACUUAAACAAGAAGUGAGUGACACAUGCUCAGUGCGGACCGCAAACUUCUUCAUGCAAUUUGGCCCAAAGCCUCUUAACUCUUUCACCGCAAUUAUUAUUCUGAAAAUCAGAAUUAGGCAAAUAUGUCAGUCUUAGAACAGGGGUGCCCAAAGUGCAACGCAUUCUGAAAAUAGGAAAAGAUCAAAAGUGCAAUGAAAGAGCUGUAAUGUAUCAAGGAAAUGUUGCAAUUGUGACUCUAAUAACAAAAGGCUGAAAUGUAGAAUGUUGUUUUUUUUUACUUUAAAAUUGUCAUUGCUCAAAAAAUAAUACAAAUGUAUAAUCCGUGGACAUAUCUGAAGUGGAUUUAGAGAUUUAAGCAUUGAGAGUAAAAAUAAUAUAUUGUAUUUUCUGGACCAUAGGGCCAAUGAGCGGGUCUAUUCAGGAUAAUAAGGCGCAUUAAAGGGGUCAUAUUAUUCAGAUUAUUUUCUACAUGUAAAAGACUUCCUUGUGGUCUACAUAACAUGUAAUGUUUGCUCAAAAUGUUGCAUAGAUGAUGUUUUACUCAUCAUCUUCAACUCACUUUCUGACAGUCUCUUCAGGAUGCGCCGUUUUGUGGGCGCUCUUAUUUACGUGCCUCCACUUGGACAGUGUAUUCUCCUUGGUGUAGCGUGCAAGAACGGGAGUGGAAGAAGUGUCAAAAGAUGGCGCUAACUCUUUUAAUGACAUUCACACUUUACUUCCAUCAAUAACGGAGCAGCAUCUCCUCAUCCGUGGCUCACUAGUGCAACAACAACGCCCGAAAUGUGUCCCGUGACCGGAACUCUCUAAUAACUAAAGUUCCUUGGGUGAAUAAUGUAAACUCACUACACCGGUAUGUUUUAGUGCUUUCAUGGUGAGUUUACUGACAGAUAUAAGUAAGAACUUUACACUACUUUAUAUUAGAAAUGGUAACAGUGGAGGAUGAAUGUCCCAUAACAAGAAGAUAGAGAAAAAGAAGAAGCUUAUCCACUACGGCUUCGGCGUGGACUUGCGCAAAUUUUUAGGACUUAUGCAGAUCCCAAAUACAGAUCAGCAGGUACCAGAAGUUAAGAAAAGUUGCUUUGGCAUAAUAUAUAUAUACCGUAAUUUCCGGACUAUAAGCCGCACCUGACUAUAAGCCGCACCAGCUAAAUUUAGGGGAAAAUACAGAUUGCUCCAUAUAUAAGCCGCACCCGACUAUAAGCCGCAGGGUUUUGAUGUGUAAUUAGCGUAGUAUAUAGGGGUUCCUGCUACCACGGAGGGGAUUGUCGGGACAGAGAUGACUGUUUGGGAACGCAAAGCGUCCCAUUUAUUAACAAUAAAUCUUUCAAUCAUUCAAUCAAACUUUCACAUCUUUGACAUGGCGAACAGCAUUCGUGCAGAGUACAAAUAAUACAACGGUGCAAAGUAAUACAAAGUGCUCGCCUGUACGUUGUCAAAAUAACCAGCCUAUGAAAAGUCAGUCUUUAAUCAUUGUGUCAUCGUCUUCCUCCUGUGUACUAAAACCACCGAAAUCCUCUUCGUCGGUGUCGGAGAAGAACAGGCCGUAUAUAAGCCGCACCCUUGUAUAAGCCGCAGGGACCAGAACGAGGGGGGAAAGUAGCGGCUUAUAGUCCGGAAAUUACGGUACAUAUAUAUAUAUAUAUAUAUAUAUAUAUAUAUAUGUCUUACCUUAUACACUCACCAUAAUAAUACUCCUAUGUUGAAGCACAGUACAAUCCAUCAAGCGGUGUGGCUUCAUAGCUUACCAAAGUCCUACUAAAACAUUUUGAUAGAUUUUUGAGCACCGUGUGUAAUGUUCUAUAUUUUCAAUGGAACAUAUCAAAUUUGGCUUUGUUUACUUGAGUCAGUCUACACGUAUCUCUUAUGUGUGACUGCCAUCUACUGGUCACACUUGUCAUUUCACCAUGUACCAAAUAAAAUAGCUUGGCGGUCGGUAAGCAAAACCAGAACUAUGCCGUACAUUAGGCGCACCGGGUUAUAAGGCGCACUGUCGAGUUUUGAGGAGAAAAAAGGAUUUUAAGUGCUCUUAUAGUCUAGAAAAUACGGUAUAUUGAUAUAUGACUCAUGUUAACACUUUCAUGAUUGGGGGUCUUUUGGAUCCUUGAUAUCCUCUUGUCAUUGUUGAAAAUAAUAAUGAAUCAAAAUCAAUGUUAUGAAUUAUUUACCAAUUUAAUUACUUUGCAUCAAAUAUUAAAUUUUUAAAAAUGUUUGGGGGAAAUAUUGCAUAUGUUGUGUUUUUGCCAUAAAAUAACUUAAUAAAUGGCAUACAACAUAACAAAACAAAACAAAAACACCCACUUUAUGGCAACGGAUAGUCCUGAAGUUGAUCUAUACAUAUUUAAGUGUUGGAAGUAAAAUAAAUGUUAUAAUGAGACUUAUUUUUAACACAUUAAUGACUGAGAGCCUUAACGUUCACCACAAUUGAGGACAGCCCUAUUGGUUACAAUGCAUGUUGUAUUGGUUUUGAAAAUGAAAACACUCAUAAUGGCCCCCGCAUGCUUUCAUUUUUCAGUGUGCGGCCCUCAGUGCAAACAAUUUGGACACCACUGUCUUAAAAUGGUGCCUUCAAGGUGCUACCAACAACUGACAAAAAUAUUUUUUUAUAAUUGCUGCUACUGUAUUUCUGAUUAUUGAUUACUUGAAGACAACAUCUCUGUUUUUAAAUAGUCUGUUGUAUGAUUUCUCAUUGCUCAUAUCCUUGCAAUUAUGAUUGAAACUGAAAUGCCAAAUAAGAAAUAAAGGAAUGUACUUUCAACCAUAAAGUUCUAAAAUGGCCAUAUUAAGUUUAUCUGUUGGCAGCUGUCAGUAAUAUGAAUUAGAUUGGGGCAAAUAUAGUAUGUAUUGCUGCAAUAAGGAGAUAAAGAAAACGUUGAAUCUGUCCACAAGAGGGAGACAAAAACAAGAAGUAGAACAUGCCACAGGUAUGAGGUGUGUCACUCUUGUUAGACCCGCUCUUAUGUUAUCUCUCUGUGGACUUUUUUUGUCCUUUCUAUUCAUUUCUGCUGUGUUUUUGCCAAUCAUUUUGUUGUUACUUCAUUAUAUAGUAUUUUUUCUUGUUAAUUUAUAUUUCAGUAUCCAAUUAUUUCACAUGCAUUUACUCAAUACCACAAAUCCAAACAGGAUAAAUAACAACGUCAUUAUUUAAAGGGCAUAAAACAAUCAACUUCAGUCUUAAACUAAAAUACCCAACAUGUAAUGUUGUUUUUGUUUGUUUUUUAAACCUUUGAAGGCCUUUCCAUCAAAUGAUGUAUAUAUGAACAUUUGCAUAACAUUUGUUAUUUUACUGAUUUGAACCUUUGACGUUAUUUGAUCAAAAUGGUCAAAAUAAAAUAAAAAAUGUGUCUUUGAAGAUGAAUACAAUUGAAUUUGCAUG